AUGUCGAUUGUACCUUACAAUUCCAACAGCGACAUUCUAUACCACAAUCCAGACGAUGGCGUGCUCAUUCUACAUGAUCCGCAGCAAAACUCGAUUCAACUCCUUUCCACACUUACACUAGACAGCGAGCAGCCUCGUCGACCGCCUCAAGAACGUACCAUUCCCUCCAAGCCCUAUGACGGUGCGUCUUUCAAGUCGUACCCCGAGGCAACGGCAGGCCACAAGUGCCCCAAUUGCGGAUUCACGUGGGACGAGUACGAAACGUCGAGAGGACUACCACGACGUGACAGUGCCGUGGGCGACAUGCACACUCACACUCGUGUCAAGGGAACUCUCACGGGACAAGUUGACGGUGGCAAGAUCAACCUCCCGCGAGCUUUCAUGCAUCGGGAUUACUUUAAACUACUAUCGCAGAUUCCGCACAACAGGGGGCAUAACAAGAAGCACGUAGAGGAGGGGGAAACGGAGGAGGGGAAUGGCAAGGGGUCGUUCAUACCAGAAGGUGUGUUCAACCAGGGCUACUUCAAACGGUUCUUUCGAAAGGUAGCGCCGUACAUUUUGGGGUCGGGCGCUCAUGCCCAAGUAUACAAAGUCGAACAUGUGCUAAAUGACAUUGUGUUGGGGACAUAUGCAGUCAAACGAAUUAGUGUGGGUGACAAAUAUGAGUUGUUGGAGCAAGUGGUGAAUGAGGUGCUCAUUCUUUACGAGUUGUCGGCCAAGAAUGCAAACGAGAGCAACUUGAUCCGCUACAAUCACGUGUGGUUGGAGCUCGGCGACCUAGACGACCUGUCUGCUUUCAUCUUGCCCACUUCGACGUUUGACAAUGCAAAGCCUCAAAAAGUGCCGUACAUGUUCAUCUUGCAGCAGUACUGCGACGGAGGACAUCUUGAAGAUUUAAUUUCGAAAAACUAUGCUACAAACGAUAGCUUGAGCUAUAGCGAGAGAGUGCUUUUAGAGAGAAGAAGACGAAAAGACCGCAGGACGGGCAACACGCGACUCGAAAAGCCGAAAUGGUUGAGCAAUUUUGAGAUUUGGAAGUUUUUCCAUGACGUUGCCACUGGCGUAAACUACUUGCACAAGCAUGGCAUCUUGCAUAGAGACCUCAAGCCCUCGAAUUGUCUCAUGGAUGUCAAGUACACGGCGGGGUUGGAAAUUCCCAACCAAUUUGACAAUGUCGAGACGCUAGAGCAGACGAUUUUUGAUUUGCCAAAAGUCUUGGUUUCGGAUUUUGGAGAAGGGAAAUUUAUCGACAAGCAUAAAAACUCUCGGUUGAAGAAUUCGGAUAGACAGGGAAACACCGGUACAUUGGAAUUUACCGCGCCGGAGUUGUGGAUCUACUCGGGAGAAAUCCUGGGUGGUGGCCAUGGUGGUGGUGAUGGUGGUAGUGGCGGUGGUGUUGGUGCGGAAAAAAGCUUUGUCAAUGAUUUCACCUACGAGAGCGAUAUAUAUUCCUUGGGGCUCAUCUUGUGCUAUCUAUGCACGGGCUCGUUGCCGUUUGCAUCUUUAGUCAAGGGCGAAAAUGAUCCUCAAGUUGCAAGAGACGCCAUUUUAAACUGGUAUGAAAGUCUCACGCUAGAGUCAUAUGGGGAUUGGUUCAAGGACAGAGUGGUUGACAUCCAAGAUUCCUUUGACGAAUGCAUGGAGAGUUUUAUGGCUUUGUCCUUUGAGAUGAUACGCGGAACCAGCUCUGACAUUGACAACGCGUCUACAGGAAGAUGCGGGUCAAAGGAAGUGUUGCUCAUGUUGAAUGAGAUAAAAUUAAAGUAUCUUGUGCGAGCAGCACCCAACAAGAUGAUGAAUAGUCCAGUCUCGGUGAACCCUCGAGCUGUACCAAGGACAGACGGCCUUACGUUGUAUUACCCCCAUGCCAAUGGAUUGAAGGAACGAGACGACCCCACCGAAGUUGCCCAAAAUUCAGCCUCGGAGGCAGUUGAAGAGGACGACGACUUGAUGUUUGAGAAAGAGCAGGAUGUCGACCAUUUCAAUCUCACGGAGGAGGAGCACGAGGCGGAGAUUCCGCCUCCUCAACCUCACCUUUCAGACUUUGGAAAACGCUACAUCACCUCCGUUCAGAUGCAAAGAUUGCCGUUUUAUUGCAUUGAAUUGUUGAUCUUGGAGUAUUUGUCCACCUAUUCCCCGCACUAUUCACAGACAGCGUUGAAAGUUCUCAUUUACGUCACUAUUGGCCUCGAUAUGUUCUUGGAAGAGUUUCAAUACAUGCAAUCAGGGAUUUUCAUUGCUAUCUCCGUGGGCAUGUCCAUUCAGUUAGGAUAUGCAAUUGGAUGCCAGAACAAGGCAUUUGCUGCUCUCUAG